GCGGCCAUCUGCCAAGAGAGGGAGGUUGGGGGGGAGGAGGGGGCAGGUGGAAUGUAAGGAGGGGAAGGGAUUUUGAGAGCGGGCCGGGUCGGACUGUCGAUGGGAAACUGCCUGCCCCCCUCCUCCUGCUCUAAGGACAAGGACCAACUGCCACCCCCUGCUGCCAGCCCAUCUGCAGGAAAAAAUUUUAAAAAAUCGUCCUCCCCUAUCAAGCUUAGUAGAGUUGCAUCGGCGAUCAGUAGUGUAGUUGGUGUGCCAGUGGUCCCGAAGGAUGUGGAGGACUUUCGAUUAAUGGCAGGGUAUGGGCAUGUCAACAUAUUCACGUACAACGAGUUAGCAUUGGCCACAAAGAACUUCAGGCCCGACCUAAUUGUUGGAGAGGGAGGAUUUGGCUUUGUUUAUAGAGGUGUGAUAGAUGAGAAUGUGAGGCCGGGUUUCCAGGCCACUGAAGUCGCGGUCAAGGAACUGAAUCCGGAUGGUUAUCAGGGAGACAAGGAAUGGCUGGCAGAAGUUAGCUAUCUUGGGCAGUUCAGCCAUCCAAAUCUGGUCAAGCUAAUUGGCUACUGCUGUGAGAAUGAACACAGGUUGCUGGUUUAUGAGUACAUGGCUUCAGGGAGCCUUGAACAGCAUCUUUUUCGACGGAUAUGCACGACUAUGCCCUGGCCAACUAGGAUGAAUAUCGCACUGAGCGCUGCCAGAGGUCUUGCCUUUCUUCAUGGAGCUGAAAGGCCCCUCAUCUAUCGUGAUUUCAAGACCUCAAAUAUCUUGCUUGAUGCGGAGUAUAAUGCAAAACUUUCGGACUUCGGCCUUGCAAAGGAGGGGCCUGUGGGAGAAAAAACACAUGUUUCAACAAGAGUCAUGGGGACCUAUGGCUAUGCGGCUCCUGAGUAUGUCAUGACUGGGCACCUAACCUCUCGAAGCGACGUUUACGGUUUUGGAGUUGUGCUUCUAGAGUUGUUGAUUGGCAAAAGGGUGAUGGAUAAGAACAGGUCCGGUCGCGAGCACAACCUUGUUGAGUGGGCCCGUCCUCUCUUGGUCCGCAACACUAAGUUGCUGAAGAUCAUUGACCAGAGAAUGGAUGGUCAGUACACAAGCGAGCAUGUGGAGAAGGUGGCGAAAUUGGCUUACGACUGUUUGAGCAAUAACCCUAAAGGAAGGCCCACCAUGAACCAGGUAGUGCAGAUUCUCGAGAGCCUUACCGAAGACAAAGAGGAAAUGCACCGUGAGAAUGCUGGCGCGGUUGUGACCUUGUAUGAUUUUCAUAAGGAAACAGCUGAUCAAUCAAAAAUGCGUAGAUAGAAACAAAAAUCAGAGAACAUAAUAGAGACAUGAUAUUCAGAAUAACAGGAGAAGCUCGAAAUCAGACCAAAUAACAGAAGAAAACAUUCAAGGAUUAAGGAUGAUACAAUUUGAUUUUAAAAAGCCUGCAGCAGUACCGGAAGUCAUCCUCAUCCUCAUCCUUGGUAGUUGGUAGUGGGGUGAUCGAUCGUUAGCCUGCUUUCUCAUGUUGAAAUGCGGAUACCGUACCCAGCUGUGUGAAAUUAUCUAAUGCUCUUUGGACAAUUUAAGACGCGCACCUCUUUUUUUAUGCAAAGAAAUUGAUUAACUACCGUUUAUUUUGUGAUUCCAAUGUACAAGCAUUGUAAGUGUAAGAAAAUCAUGUAUACGUAGCGGAAGAAAAUAACACAAUUAAAAAUUUUAAAA